CGCAAGAGCUUAGGUCCCUCUCAUGCAAAAGGAAAUUUAGGAAAUUAAAGAGUACUCCCGAGAAGUUAGAUUUGUUGGCCUGUUGAAGGACUGGUAUAUCAGAGCAAAUAGAGGUUGUAAAUACGGAAACUGUUGAACCUACAGAAGACUUAGAUGUGUUGGAAUAUCCAUGCACUGUCCAGACACACCUGUUCUUCGCUCAAAAUCAAUCAAAUCAUUUCAUAGUCCAAGGAGUCCUGAAGUUGCUGAUCUGAAUGUAGUAAGACCUGAGACAUCUGGAAGGAUAGAAAAAGAACCGUCUAUGGGAGCAGAGCAAACUUUCCCUUCUGGAAGCAUGGAAGAAGUACAACCAUCUCUAGAUAGGGAUGAAGAGCAUGACUUCAAUUUUUGAGCGAGGUAAAGUACUGAAUAGAGUUUCCUAACUUGAACUCUAAGAUGACUCGGCCUUAUUGGUGGACAAGUGAAGGUGUGCUAAUAUGAAUAAUAUAUAUAGAUGCUGCAAUAUGUUAUGCUGCUUAAGGCUCAUUUACUUCUGGAAUCAAAUAGUUAACAUUUUUUUUUUUUAAUUUCUUUUAUAUGUAUCAGGAAGCUGAAUUUUGCGAAGGAGUUAAUCCUGAACUCGAUGGGUUUUCAGUGAGAACCAGAAAGGUGGCGAGGUACUUGCACAGGCACUUUACAGUUUGCAACAGUUGUAGAGAGGAAGAAGUGAACUUGUUGGAGGUUGCAGAACGAAGAACCAAGAAAGAAAGUGCAAUGCUAUUCUAUGAGACACUGGUGAUGAAAACUAGAGGGUUUGUGGAUGUGAAGCGAGCUGAUCCCUACAGCGACAUUCUAUUCUGGAAACGUCCCAAAUGGGAGCAAAUGUGGGGAGAUGAUACAGCCCAUAGAGUCAAUUCUGAAAAUAUGUCCCUAUGGCGAUAG